AUGGAUGUAGACAAGGAGUGGGCGAUCCAGGAAACGAUCCAGGACGAGUUUGAGGGCUACAUGUUGAUCGCCGCCAGCGGCAGACCCGAAAUCAUCAUGGAUAUUGACCGCGUCGUCGUUAUAGACAAAGGCGGGGUUGUCGAUGUGGGGAGCAAGGGUGCUGGCGGACACGGCGGAUACUCGACUCGGCGGGCUGUUUACGUCUCCCCGAUCAAGAUCUGGCUCCCCGUCUUGGAGGCUUACUUUGUGCCAUGGAACUACCGAGGCGCCGACCAGGGCUCAUGA